GCUGGCUUGGUUAAUAUGCACAUUCUCCAGGCCUCCACUGCAGAGAGGUCCAUUCCAACUGCUCAGAUGAAGCUGAAAAGAGCCCGACUUGCAGAUGAUCUCAAUGAAAAAAUUGCUCUCCGGCCAGGGCCGCUGGAGCUGGUGGAGAAGAACAUACUGCCUGUUGAUUCUACUGUGAAAGAGGCCAUAAAAGGGAACCAGGUGACCUUUUCCAAGUCGGCAGAUGCAUUCGCCUUCGAGGACGACAGCAGCAGCGAUGGGCUUUCUCCAGAUCACACUCGAAGUGAAGACCCCCAGGGCCCAGCGAGAUCCCCCCCAGACAGUAAAGCUACAGAGACCUCUUCGGCAGGUCCUCCGGGGACAAUGCAGGACCUCACUUCUGGCUCCGAAAAUGACAGGAAUGACUCAGCCUCACAGCCCAGCAGCCAGUCAGACGCAGGGAAGCAGGGGCUUGGCCCCCUCAGCAGCCCCAGCCCUGUGCACGCAGCUGUCAAGUCCAAGUCCUUGAGUGACAAUAAGAACCGCCACAAAAAGCCCAAGGACCCCAAGCCAAAGGUGAAGAAGCUCAAAUAUCACCAGUACAUCCCCCCAGACCAGAAGGCGGAGAAGUCACCUCCGCCCAUGGACUCAGCCUACGCCCGGCUGCUGCAGCAGCAGCAGCUCUUCCUGCAGCUCCAGAUCCUCAGCCAGCAGCAGCAGCAGCGGCUCAGCUACCCCGGGGUUCACCACACUCCGCUCAAGGAACCAAAUGAACAGAUGGUCAGAAAUCCAAACUCUUCCUCAACACCACUGAGCAAUACCCCUUUGUCUCCUGUGAAAAACAGUUUUUCUGGACAAACUGGUGUCUCUUCUCUCAAACCAGGCCCACUCCCAUCGAACCUAGAUGAUCUGAAGGUUUCUGAGUUAAGACAACAGCUGCGAAUACGAGGCUUGCCGGUGUCAGGCACGAAGACGGCGCUCAUGGACAGGCUUCGGCCCUUCCAGGACUGCCCUGGGAACCCCGUGCCCAACUUCGGCGACAUAACGACCGUCACUUUUCCUGUUACGCCCACCAACGCCCUGCCCAAUUACCAGUCCUCCCCUUCCACCAGUGCCUUGUCCAACGGCUUCUACCACUUCGGCAGCACCAGCUCCAGCCCCCCGAUCUCCCCCGCCUCGUCCGACCUGUCGAUGGCCGGGUCCCUGCCGGACACAUUCAACGACGCGUCGCCCUCCUUCGGCCUCCACCCGUCCCCCGUGCACCUGUGCCCGGAGGACAGCCUCGUGAGCAGCCUGAACGGGGGCAGCGUCCCCUCGGAGCUGGAUGGGCUGGACUCCGAGAAGGACAAGAUGCUGGUGGAGAAGCAGAAGGUGAUCAACGAGCUCACCUGGAAGCUGCAGCAGGAGCAGAGGCACGUGGAGGAGCUGCGCAUGCAGCUGCAGAAGCAGAAGAGGAGCAAGUGUGGCGAGAAGAAGCCGCUGCCCUUCCUGGGCGCCCCCAUCAAGCAGGAAGACGCUGUCUCCAGCUGUCCUUUUGCCUCCCAGCAGAUCCCUGGGAAAAGACAAAGCAGCAGCUCAGACAGCCCAGCGCAGGCCUGUGAAGCCGCUCCCCUCCUCCUGCCCCCUGGGGGCGGCCACUGUGUGGAGCCCUCGGGUCAAAGCAACGUACUUUCUUCCACAUUUCUCAGCCCGCAGUGCUCCCCGCAGCACUCGCCGCUUGGGGCUGUGAAAAGCCCCCAGCAUAUCAGUUUGCCCCCAUCACCAAACAACCAUUACUUCCUAGCUUCAUCUUCAGGCACCCAAGGAGAAGGGCGCAGGGUCUCCUCACCCGUCAGCACCCAGGGGUGCACCGCACAGAACUCAGGGGCACACGAAGGCCAACCUCCAAGCUUCUCUCCCCAGCCUUCCAGCCUCCACCCCGCUUUCUCUGGAGCCCCGGCAGACAGCAGUCAUGGUGCUGGGGGCGACCCUUGUCCCAAAAGCCCAGGCGUGCAGCAAAAGAUGGCUGGUUUACACUCUUCUGAUAAGGCAGGGCCAAAGUUCUCAAUUCCAUCCCCAACAUUUUCCAAGUCAACUUCAGUGGUUCCAGAGAUAACACAGCCUCCGUCCUAUGAAGAUGCAGUAAAGCAGCAGAUGACUCGCAGUCAACAGAUGGACGAACUCCUGGAUGUUCUCAUUGAGAGUGGAGAAAUGCCCGCAGACGCCCGAGAGGAUCAUUCCUGUCUUCAAAAAGUGCCAAAGAUGCCCGGGUCUUCCCGAAGCCCUACUGCUGCCCUCCCCAAGCCCUCGGCUCCCUUUGAACAGGUGUCUUCAGGGGCCCAGCUCCCCUUCGAUCACUACGGCACAGACAGUGAUGAGCACCUUGAAGUCUUGUUAAAUUCCCAGAGCCCCCUAGGAAAGGUGAGCGAUGUUGCCCUUCUAAAAAUGGGGAGUGAGGAGCCUCCCUUUGAUGGCAUGAUGGACGGAUUCUCGGGGAAAGCUGCAGACGACCUCUUCAAUGCGCAUGAGAUCUUGCCAGGCCCCCUCUCCCCGAUGCACACUCAGUUUUCACCUUCCUCUGUGGACAGCAAUGGGCUGCAGCUAAGCUUCACUGAAUCUCCCUGGGAAACCAUGGAGUGGCUGGACCUCACUCCUCCAAGUUCCACACCGAGCUUCAGCUCCCUCACCACCAGCGGCCCCAGCAUCUUCAACAUUGAUUUUCUGGAUGUCACGGAUCUCAAUCUGAAUUCCCCCAUGGACCUUCACUUACAGCAGUGGUAG